AUUAUAAGUAAUCUAAGUCAUCUAGAGAUGACUUAAAGUAGAUGGGAAGACGGGCAUAGGUUACAUGCAAAUACUGCAUUUUAUGUAAGGGACUUGAGCUGCAGAUUUUGGUAGGGGGUGAGUCCUGGAACCAGUCCUUCUGUGGAUACCAAGGGAUGACUAUAGUACCCACAUGUGCAGCACAUGGCACAGUUAGUGCCUCUGGCAUCUGGUACCUACAGUUUUCUUACUUUACUCACAUCCCACCUCUUACAGCAUGCUAUUCUCCUGCCGUGGCACUAAAGAACCAUUUCUUGAAUGUGCAUUGCAGAUACAGGGAAUGGCAAAUGCAGUCUUUUCUCCUCUGCUUUGCCUUUCGAGUUAAGCACAAGAGGACUCUUCCACGAAACUAGAGAUCAUCUGAUUUGUCCUCUUGAAUUUCUCCCCCUUGGGAAGUGAGCUCUGCCUUCCCGGAGAGUUUCUUUCCAUCUUUUCUAGAAGCUUCACGCUGGUAUCUGUGAAGCAAUUCUUGCAGGACAUGGCCUGGGGGAUGUCUUCUGAAUUUUUAAAAGUGGCUUUAUUGAGGUACCAUAUAAUUCUGUAAAGUUCACCUUUCUGAAAUGUACAAGUCAGUGGUCUUAGUAUUCUCGGAGUUAUGUAACCAUCACCGUCACUACAAUCUAAUUUUAAAACAUUUUCGUCACCCUCCAAAAUAAACCCCCUGUCUAUUAGCUGUCACCACCCACCCCCCGUUUCCCACUUUUCCCCGUCUCUGGCAACUGGUAAUCUGUCUGUAUGGAUUUGUCUAUUCCGGACACUUUAUAUUAAUUGUCUCGUGGUCUUUUGUGUCUGGCUUCUUUUAGCAUAAUGCUUUCAAGUGUUGAAGAAUGUAUCAGAACUUCAUUCCUUUUCUACGACCAAAUAUUUGAUUAUGUGGAUAGACCGCAUUUUGUUGAUCUGGUCAACUAUUGAUGGACAUUUGGAUGGUUUCCACUUUGAGCUAUUAUGAAUAAUACUGUUGUGAACAUUGACAUACAAAUUUUUCCAUGAACAUAUGUUUUCAGUUCUCUUAGGUCUGUACCUAGGGGUGGAGUUGCUGGAUCAUGUCAUAAAUAUGUGUUUGACAUUUUGAGGAACCACCAGACUCCUCCAGUCCUGUUAAAUUUGAAGAUGAAACUGGGCUUAGAGAAAGUGGGUUGUGCAAGGUCACACAAUAAUAAUGGCGGCUUUGCGUGUCUGGAAGGCCUACUGCGAGCCAAAUUCCUGAGGGGUGAGCAGCCACGUGAGCAAGAGUGACACAACAACUUGGAUUAUGAGGGGUGUUUUGUCUUAGGGACCCUUCCAUCCCACACACUUGGGUUGGAGUACAGAGUUCUUUCGAUCAAGUGUCACAGCUAAAUCUUGCCUUUUUUAGAUGUGACAGCAGUCUGAGAGGGAAAAACGCUGAACAAAUGAGGCAAACUAAAAUGCAACUCUUUAUUUGUUGAAUUUAUUAGAACUUCUUGAAGGUGGCCAUUAAAUCUUUUUUCAUUUUUUUAAAUUCCAAAUGUAAUAUAUAUAAGUCAGCUGCUGAGCAGAGGUUAUUAUAAAAGUGAAACAUCCCAUAAAAGUCCAAACCAUUCCUGGAAGUCUUUCAAAAAGUGCCUUACUGGAGACCAGCAUCCUGUCCCCAAAAAGCAGUGUUUAUUUUCAGUUUUAGAAUAAAUUAAUGUCUCUCCAAUUGAGUACUAAAUGUGAUAGUUGGCUUGGGCUGAGGGAUAAGUCAGCAAGCAAGGUAAAGCCUAGUCAAAAUAUGCUCUUAAGAAAAUCUCUUAGGUUUCCUGUGAACAUGUAGUAGACAUGGUUAUGUUAUAAACACUAUACAGCAAGGUGCAUGCAUAAAUAUAAAAUGUACAAAGUAAUGCUCAGUAUGUAAUUCCUUCAAGGUACCUUAUUUAGAAAUUAAUCUAGCAUGUUGCUGCUUAGAACACUGGCAAUUCUAGGAAGGUUCCAACUUCCUGAUUCUUCUUGUUUUUCAUAGUUAUCUUUGUAAUUGAUGUAUCAAUUCCUCUAACUCUUCUUUAGUCUGUGUUUUUCUGUGUCCUCAUAUAAUUCCUCAGCUUCUUCCUUGAGAAGUUGGAUAAAGAUAUCAUCACACAUUGGAUAAGCCUUUUCAUUUCUUAAUGAUCAUGACACUCUUAAAGCCACUCACCUUGCCCUCCCUCAGCUUUGGCCACCUUCUUGACUAUUUCAGGCUUGAUGGCGUCCCUUGCCAAUGGGAUGCAAGUACUGAGUGCAGGAGCCACCUAAGUAAUUAGUCUUCUUUUUUCCCUUGUGAGGGUUUGGAGUCAUGUAGGUUAAACGUGUGUAUGAUUUGGCUGCACUAUAUCUUCAAGCACCAGGUAAGCUCUCAGUUGAAAUCAAGUCUAGACCUAGUACUGAGGGAGCAGCAGAUUCAAGUUUCCCACCUCAUUCCAGGACAGCUGCUCCUUGAGUGGAAUGUCUUACACCAUUUACAUUGUUUUCCCCUGUAUAGGGUUAAGUUUUGCUAGGUUAAGUGCAUCUGCUGUAUCUCUGUGCCUGCGUCACACAAUAUGCUCACAUUUACUCCCUCCUUUAGACAUUAGUGGAUCACAGCCUGUUCCGUUAGUUCCAACUUGCUUUCUAUGCUUCCAGGUAUGUUAUAUACUUGUUUUGUCUUCUUGGGUCCAAUGUAUGGCCCCAGAGGGACACGUACUGGCCUUGGCUUCCUCUUCUCCCUCGUAGUGCUGGUGCACUAUAGGUAAUUCCAUUAUUGCUCAGUAACCCUUCACCAUCUGAUUUUGAGAAAUAGUCAUCAGACAAAAGUAGAUGGACCCUGCCUGUGCUUUCAGCAGAAUCCAGAGAGAGGGCAUGGGCUUGGGAGUUCAACAGACCUGGGUCAUCCGAUACCACCACACUCGGGGUCCUCUACAAAUCUCUCUAACCUGAAUCUGUUUCCUAUUUAUAAAAUGGUGUUGCUACUGCUCACCCUGUAAUACUAAUUAUAGCUGAUACAUGCAUGAUACUCAUUGUGUGCCAGGUACUGUUCUAAGCACUUUAUGGAUCUUAACUAUAAGAUGGAGUCUGUUCUUAUCUUGAUUUUGCAGGUGAGGAAACUAAAGCACAGAGUCAGUGACUUUUGCCCAAAAUCACACUGCUAGAAAGUGGUAAAGUUGAUUCCAAUGCUGGUAGUCUGACUUUAGAGUCCCUGCUUGAAGCCAGUAGCAUUUGGUAGUAUAUAAUCAACCCUUAAAUAACUGCUGCUGUCAUUAUUAUUUAUUAAUGUACUUUAAAAAUUGGGAGCUGAUUGACCCAGUGUUUAGUGUGUAUUUUAAGAUCCUCUUGGAAAAUGAAGUGCUUGCAAGAUUUAAUUUGUUGAGGACAGGGUCUCAGUUUUGUCUUUGUCUCCCCGGCACCUAUGAUUAUUAGGAAUUCCUGGUAGUAAAUGUCUGUUGGGUGGGUGAAAUGGAAGCACUCCUGGUAGACAGAAAUCCUGUUGUGCUUGCUCUCUGGAGACCUAACAUUGCAGCUUUGGGCACGUCACUAGGUCUCAGCAUUGUCAACUGGAGUAGAAAGAUUACCACUCAUUUCCUGGGGGUUAUUUUGGGGGAUUAAUUGCCGUAUUCUGGGUCAAUGUGAUUUACAUUGCUCACACAAACUGUUCUUAUUACUUUUAGUUUAUUGCUUUAUAAAUACUUGAUUUCUUCCCACAGACCCCUAAGUUUUCUGAGCCUAGGUACAGAUGUACUCACAUUUUGAAUCAAGGUAGUUACUGAUUGUCUGUUUCUUUCUCUUUGUUGUCUACUCUUUAAAGGAUACCUCCUCUGAAAAAUGGCAGAAGCAGUUUUCCAUGCCCCGAAGAGGAAAAGAAGAGUGUAUGAGACUUACGAGUCUCCAUUGCCAAUCCCUUUUGGUCAGGACCAUAGUCCUCAGAAAGAAUUCAAGAUAUUCCGUGCUGAAAUGAUUAACAACAAUGUGAUUGUGAGGAAUGCAGAGGACAUUGAGCAGCUCUAUGGGAAAGGUUAUUUUGGAAAAGGUAUUCUUUCAAGAAGCCGUCCAAACUUCACAAUUUCAGAUCCUAAACUGGUUGCUAAAUGGAAAGAUGUGAAGACAAACAUGCCUAUCAUCACAUCAAAGAGGUAUCAGCAUAGUGUUGAGUGGGCGGCAGAGCUGAUGCGUAGACAGGGGCAGGAUGAGAGUACAGUGUGCAGAAUCCUCAAGGAUUACACGAAACCGCUUGAGCAUCCUCCUGUGAAAAGGAACGAAGAGGCUCAAGUGUAUGACGAGCUUAACUCUGGAAUGGUUUCUAACAUGGAAGGCACAGCAAGGGGAGAGAGACCUUCUGUGGUAAACGGGGACUCUGGAAAGUCAGGUGGUAUGGGUGAUCCCAGUGAGCCAUUAGGCUCCCUGCAGGAGGGCUCUGGGUGCAACCCAACAACAGACGGCUUUGAGAAAAGUGUGAGAAAGGACGCUGCACCUCUGCCCCAAGUCUGUUGCUGCAAACAAGAUGCUCUCAUCCUCCAGUGUGGCCCUCACCAUGAGGACGGCAGCCAGCACGUCGGCCUCCUGCAUGCUGGGGACAGGGGGCCUGACCAUGAGUACGUGCUCGUCGAGGAAGUGGAGUGUGCCAUGAGCGAGAGGGAGGAUGCCCCAAAUGAGGAAUUGGUGCAAAGAAACAGAUUAAUAUGCAGAAGAAAUCCAUAUAGGAUCUUUGAGUAUUUGCAACUCAGCCUAGAAGAGGCCUUCUUCUUGGUCUAUGCUCUGGGAUGUUUAAGUAUUUACUAUGAGAAGGAGCCUUUAACGAUAGUGAAACUCUGGAAAGCUUUCACUGGAGUUCAGCCCACGUUCAGAACCACCUACAUGGCCUACCAUUACUUUCGAAGCAAGGGCUGGGUGCCCAAAGUGGGACUCAAGUACGGGACAGAUUUAUUACUGUAUCGGAAAGGCCCUCCAUUUUACCAUGCAAGUUAUUCUGUCAUUAUCGAGCUAGUUGAUGACCAUUUUGAAGGCUGUCUCCGCAGGCCUUUCAGUUGGAAGUCCCUGGCUGCCUUGAGCAGAGUUUCUGUUAAUGUCUCUAAGGAACUUAUGCUGUGCUAUUUGAUUAAACCCUCAACUAUGACUGAUAAGGAAAUGGAGUCACCAGAAUGUAUGAAAAGAAUUAAAGUUCAGGAGGUGAUUCUGAGUCGAUGGGUUUCUUCACGAGAGAGGAGUGACCAAGACGAUCUUUAACAAUUCAACCUCAAAUUUCUAAUUUCACCAACAACUAUUUAUUGAGGGCUAGGUAAAAAGUUAUUUUUGUUGUAAUCAUCCAUUAAUUUAUAAAUUUUAAAGGACAUGGUGCUCCCAGCACCAGAAAAGUAUCAGUGUUUUUAAAGAUAAAUUACACAGGGGAGGAGAAAGAUCCCUGUGCUAGGAAUGCAGAUUCUGUCCUUGCGUUGGCCUCUAACUCUCCAAUCCCGAGCCUCGUGCCUCUGGCCUCAGUCUGUGCCCUCAUCCAGUCACUGCGGAGGUUGGACUAGAUGAGUCCUGAGAGGACACUUCCAACAACAGAGACAUUUAUUCUCUGAUUUUACCUGAAAAUGGUAGUAGUUUACAUUUAUACAGUACAGUUUAUGAAGCACUUUCAUACACAGGCAUCUCUUGUUACCUACAUCUAAGCUGUUCCCAAGAGUGUUACAGAACACAACAAUAUUGUACAAUAUUAGAUAAGCAUAUCUUCACUGAACUUGUUAUAAAAAUGAGUGGUGAAAUAAUGUUUGGAGACAUAAUGAAAGCAAUUAACAUUUAGCAAAAUAUAAUAAAGCCUUUUUGUAAUUGGUGAGAAAGUCA